AUGGACCGCGUAGCGAAGGCUGCGUCGCAGAACAAAGUGGUGAUCUUCACCAAGUCUUCGUGCUGCAUGUCCCACUCCAUAAAGGGGUUGUUCUACUCGCAAGGGAUAAGCCCCGUGAUAUACGAGCUGGACGAGGAUAGGUGUAACGGCCGGGAAAUGGAGCGAGCGCUCCGCCGGUUAGGGUGUAACCCGGUCGUCCCGGCGGUCUUCAUCGGCGGGAGAUUUCUGGGCUCAGUCCAAACUGUCCUCACCCUUCAAGUGAAUGGUUCGCUUAAGAAUAUGCUGAUGGAUGCGCGCUGCAGGCUUUAG